UGCGUCACGUGGUACAGAGCAGAGCACUCGUAUGCGGACAACAUGGCGAGGAGAAUACCACAGCUCGUUUUUAUGAAAAUUUGGCGGGUUUAAAGCAGCAUUUAUGCGAAAACUAAAGCACUAUAGUACAAUAUGGCGUCUACAAACGUCCGCGGUGGCGGUAUGACUGUUGCUGUUGGCGGUCAAACGGAGGAUGGAGAAGAUUACUACAGUGAUAAUAAAUCCACAUCCUCGAGUUACAGCAGCUCCAACUACUCUGAUGACUUGGAACCAGAAUGGCUGGACGACAUCCAGAAGAAUGGCGAACUCUUCUACCUGGAGCUGAGCGAGGGAGAGGAGGAGGCCGUGUUGGCCCAGGCCACUUCCAGUCAAGGUGUAUCCACCAAUCAUGUUCGUUUCAGUGAAAAGGAGGCAGAAAUCAUUACAGAGCAAAAGAAGCAGCGCUGUGGUUCACUGGCGAAAGGAGAGCCUGCACUGAAGAGACUGGCCAGGAUCCUAAGGAGAAAACGCCGGCCAUCCCAGCGCCGAGGAGGGAAGGACGGGGGUAAAGACAUUUCCUCGUUGACAUCAGCCCCGGCAUCCAUCUUAAAGAAUCAGGCAGGUCAGAGGCAGGGUGUGAUGGUUCAGCAGCAGCAGCUGAAGGAAGUAUGUGUCUACCUCAACCCUAAACGCCUGGGAGGCUCAUCCUUGCCUCUCUCUGACAGAGGAGGCCUGCUGGAGGCUCUGCUGGGGGUGGUGCACCACCCCUCCUGGAGUAGAGGCCAGGGAGAUUCUGCAGCGGCCCGACGGGAAGAGAGGCUCAUUGUUCAUGGUUUGGUUCCAAACAGCCCUGCCAUCAAGUGUGGCCAGAUCUUGAUUGGUGACGUGCUUGUAGCAGUGGACGAUGUGGACGUGACCACAGAGAACAUUGAGAGGGUGCUCUCUUGUAUCCCAGGGCCAACACAAGUGCGGCUGACCCUGGAGACGGUGGGUCCAGUGGAGGGGAUCAGUGGUGACAGUGGUGACGCUGCAUCAGUCCAGAGGCUGAAAACCACACCUCCAGUCAGCCAGCUAGUGCGUCUGCUGUGGGGUGAGGACACAGCCGAACUCCAGAUGUCCAUAGGACACAUCCCUCACAUCGUCAUGUACCUGUCUCUCAAACUGGACUCAUCAUCACCACAGGAGGAGCAGGAGAUCCUGUAUCAGUACCCGGUGUCUGAAGCGUCCAGCCAGCUGAAAGCAGUGCGAGGGAUCUUCCUCACUCUGUGUGACAUGCUGGAGAACUUCACCGGGGGUCAGAUCAUCAGUUCCUCUCUCCUGCUGGGGAAGCAUCUGGUGCAUGUGGGCUACUGGAAGGAAAGCAACAACCUGUUGGUCAUCGGUCUGCCAGCUGAGAGGGUUCCGCUGCUGUAUCUCCAGACGGUGGUGGGAGGCGUAGUCCGGACACUAAAAGUGAUGUACGGCUCCUUGGACAGUGCAUUCUGCAAGGCAGACCACGCUCCCAGGUUGGACCACUUCUUCUGCUUGUUCUUCCAGCAGCUCAUCCAGCCAUCCCGCUUGACGGACAGCUCCUCAGCCCCGCCCACCGACAUCUCAGGGACCCUUUUCCUGGAUGGGCUGCCUGCAGUGCGAUGGCUCACGCUGCCUCCUGAAAUCAAGAUGGAGGUGGAUACUGUCCUCUCUGAUUUUGAGUCUUCAGAUUUUGGAGAAAUGUCGGAGGACUUUUUUGGCUUGAGGCGUCUCUAUGUAAUUCUUGGUUCCUGUCUGUUCUACAAGGCCUACCUGAUCGCCAACCACUUGCCUAAAGAGGACCUGCUGGAUGUUUGUCUGUACUGCCAGCACUACUGCCUGCUGCCGCUGGCCUCGGAGCAGCGUGUCGGCCAGCUGGUCAUCUGGAGGGAGGUGUUCCCCCAGCACAGGGCCCAGCAGAGAGCACCAGGCUACAGCCAGCCGCAUGGACGACACUUCCUGCUCAUAGUGGGGCUGAGACACUUCAUGCAGUGUGUGUUGUUGGAAGCAGGCGGCUGUGCCUCCCCAGCUUUGGGCUCUCCAGGACCUGAUUGUGUUUACGUAGACCAGGUGAAGGCCACCCUGCUGCAGCUAGAAGUGUUGGAGGCAGGUAUUGAGGAGCGCCUGAAUGCUCCUCCAACCCCCUGCCUGUCCUGUGCCGACUGGUUCCUCCCUGCUGCCACAGCCCGUGACCGUCUGGACGGCCUGGCCUCAUCCUCACCCGUCCUCAGCAAACUGGCCGGGGCUGUUAAAGGCUCCUCAUCAGGCUCCAGGGGCCGCAGCCUGUUCGGGGAGAAGGCGAGGAGGUCCAGCCCCCAGAGGAGCCUGUCAGACAGCGGGAGCGAGGGGCAGGCAGACACAGGGACGGGGUCUGGUUCAUCGAUGGCCCCGGCUCUCAGUCCACAUUCCACGCCGGACUCAGCAAGGAAGCUGGGAGGACGACGCGACUCGCUCGGAUCUGGAGGGUCUGAUGGGAGUGGAGGCAGCGGGGGAGUCUUCAAGAUCCCCAGGAUGAAGCACCCUAACCCGUUCUACCUGGGCACCCUGAAGAAGAUCCUGACUGAGAGGGAGACAGAGGAGAUGUACAAUAACAUGAAACUGACAUCGGGUGCUGAGAACACUCUAUUCCACUACGUCAUGAUGGAAACCGUGCAGGGGAUCUUCAUCGCUCCCACACACAGAGAGGUGGCCCAGCUCAGUGGCUCCAUACACCCACAGCUCAUCCGCAACUUCCACCACUGCUGCCUCUCCAUACGGGCCGCCUUCCAGCAGAGCCUGCCGCCCAGGGGCCGUCGCGGAACAGACAGGCCACAGGGCAGUCGGGGUUUGGGCCCAGUGAAGGAGCAUGGGGUUUUGUUUCAGUGUAAACCUGAGAACUGGACCGACCAGAGGAAACCAGCUCCCACCAUGACUUACUGGGUCAUAGGGCGGAUGCUUCUCGAACCUGUGCCUCAGGAGUUCUAUGUGUGUUUCCAUGACUCCGUAGCAGAGGUUCCUGUAGAAAUGGCCUUCAGGCUGUCAUUUGGUCUGGCCUUGUGACCCUUCAUCUCCCUCCUCAGACGAAUCAUCCUGAUAGACACACACUGCAAGGCAUCUUGAACUCAUUAACCUUCAUUUACAUUCUCAGACAAAUAGUGGCGAUAGCCGUGCUCACAUGAGAGCAAAAAUGAGAAUUUUGUGCCAGUCAUCUGAAUUUCUGUGGGAUUGCUAGACUGAGCUGAACUGGGUCACAAUCUCAGUGUGCCUCCUUUUCACAGAUAAUUUCCUACAGACAAAAGGCAGAGCGGCUGCGCCCGCGAUAGGCAAAUACCAGACCUGCCUGCUGGCCUCAGGUUCAAACCAGGUCGUCUUGUGCCUUGUUAUCCAACUGGAUAAGACGUUCCACAACAAGCGCAGCUCUGCAUUGGCCUUGAUGUUCUGGGUUUGCCUUCUGCGCUUGGCUUGUGUGGUUUUGUCUAUAAAAGAAAAGCCAAUUUCUAUGAAUACCUCAGGAACCAUGCUGCAACUUGUCAUAAAAGCAGACGGGAUGUCCCAGUGAGAGCAGCUGCUCUGUUAGCCCCAGCAACGCUGCCCAGACCAAAUAAAAAUGACUCCUGCUACCAGCAUCUCUAUGUUCAGAAAGCAAAUAAUGUAUUAAUAUUUUCUUAAUUUUUUUGAGGUGGAUAUUCCAUUUGUAACUUUAUUUAAUAUGUACAGUUUUGUAUGGAAACUGAUAAACAUUGUGACAGCUAAUAAAAAAGAUAC